AAGAACCUGAGAGAAAUCUUCCUAGGGACACAGGAGACAUGGGCAUGUGGACCUCAGGCACUGAUAUCAUCCUAAGUCUUUGGAGGACUUACGUGUUUCCAAGAGGUCCUGGAUGGAUGAACUUUAUCCAACACUUGGGAGUGUGCUGUUUUGUGGCCUUCAUUUCAGCCAGCCUCCUCUCGGUGGCCUUCUACUGGUUUCUGCCAUCAGUCGUGGCCUUCGCCACCUCCUGGAUGGCCAUGUGUGUUCUGUUGUGUUACUCCAGGCACGCGCGAUGUUUCAUUCUUCUCAUCUUUCUCUCGUGUGGCCUGCGCGAAGGCAGGAAUGCUUUGAUUGCAGCCGGCACAGGGAUAGUGAUCUUUGGACACGUGGAAAAUAUUUUUCACAACUUUAAAUGUUUCCUAGACAGUAUGACUUGCAACCUGAGGGCAAAGAGCUUUUCUAUACAUUUUCCACUUCUGAAAAAAUACAUUGAAGCCAUUCAUUGGAUUUAUGGCCUUGCCACUCCACUGAAUCUGUUUGAUGACCUCGUUUCUUGGAACCAGACCCUGGUGGUCUCUCUUUUCAGUCCUAACCAUGUCCUGGAGACACAGCUAAACAACACCAAAGGGGAAGUCCUGAGGGUCUUGCACCCCAUGACUGCCAUGACGGAGGUGCUGUGCUCCCUGGGGCAGAAGCUACUUGCCUUUGCUGGACUUUUUCUUGUUCUACUCGGCACGGGCCUCUUCAUGAAGCGAUUUUUGGGCCCCUGUGGUUGUAAAUUUGAAAACAUCUACAUCACCAAAAAAUUCAUUCAGUUUGAUGAAAAGGAGAGGCUUCGGCAGAGGCCCUGUGUCCUCCCGCUGAAUAAGAGGGAGAGGAAGAAGUAUGUUGUCAUCCCAUCUUUGCAGAUGACUCCAAAAGAAAGGAAGAACCUGGAACUCUUUUUCCUCCCCGUUCUUACCCAUCUCUACAUCUGGGUGCUGUUCACAGCUGCAGAUUAUCUGCUCUAUCAGCUCAUUUUCUCAGUGAGCAAACAAUUCCAAAGCUUGCCAGGGCUUGAAGUUCACCUAAAACUGCACAGAGAGAAGCAAGGAGCUCAAGACUUCAUCUAUGAUUCUUCCUUUAAUAUAUCUGUCUUUGAACCCAGCUGCAUCCCUAAACCAAAGCUCCUUCUCUCUACAACUUGGGUUCCUCUUGGUAUUAUUCUUGUGAUAUUAAUGAUGCUGGGAUUGUUGUCCUCUAUCCUGACACAACUUAAAAUCCUGGUGUCCACAUCCUUCUACCCCAGUGUGGAGAGGGAGCGCAUUCAAUACCUGCACGCACAGCUGCUUAGAAAAAGAGCAAAGCAGUCGCCAGAAGAGAUCAAAAGGAAACUGAGUCUGUACUUUACAAAGGUUCAUUUCUGGUUUCCAAUCCUGAAAAUGAUUAGGAAGAAACACACAGACAUUGAGGCUGAAGACAAUCCGUGGGAGUCUGAGUAGUGUUUUAGCCGCAUGCAUGAGCCAUUCUCCUCAGGUCUUCUGUUGGUGGUCACUGUUCACGCCCAGCACUGGAGGGCUGUGUCACAAGGUCAUACAGAGCCUUGGGUUUGCAUCUCCUGGUUAUGCCUCCAAAUGACUUGUCAUCAUAAAACCAAGGAGUACCAGGCAAAUUGUUAUGGUCUGUCUUCCAAAGUGCCUGAUCUGAACUGAGUCAUCACGGACUAUACCCACUUGUGAUGAGCUUCAGCAUACAGUACUAGCCAAAGAAAAAGAACCGAAAAGAAAAGAAAACAGCCAGGUACAGUAACGCUCACUGGUAGUCCCAGUGGUUCUGGACACUGAGGCAGAGGGUCAUGAGUUCAAAGCCAGCCUCAGCAAACGUCAGGCACUA